AACACGUAGCCUACAGCGCUGGUCUGCACCAACGUUUUACAACUUUAAUAAUGGGUUUGAUGAAGUGCAGUGCGACUUUGUCGCUUUUAUGGCGUGUUGCUCCAUCUGUAGGUUCAUUAAAAGCAACCAAAAAAUGAUCCGGGUUAUUGAUCAAGAGCAGAACAAAGUUCACCAACAGUUGCCUCUGACUUUUCUGGCCAAUCUUAGCUUUAGAGGCGGGGGGAUAGAAAAUGUGCAAGAUGAUAGCCUACAUAUGUGCUUCGGUUGCUCUGAGGAGAAGCCGGAGUCAGCGGAGGUAGUCUAGCAGUGGAAGAGCAACUUUUAGAGAAGAUGGUUUCAGUGAAAUCGCCGUAUCUGGUGCCGGUGUCCUGCGCCCAGGCUCUGCUCGGUGUGGGCUGUCUAACUGUCGCCUGCCUCGCUUUCCUGCUGGUUCGCCAGCUCGUCAAGCAGAGAAGACCCCCGGGCUUUCCUCCUGGUCCAUCUCCCAUCCCAGUGAUAGGGAACAUCAUGUCUCUGGCCACCGAGCCGCACGUCUUCCUCAAGAAGCAGAGUGAAGUUCAUGGACAGAUUUUCAGUCUCGACCUGGGAGGCAUCUUGACAGUGGUAUUAACUGGAUAUGACUGCGUCAGGGAAUGCCUUUACCAUCAAAGUGAGGUGUUUGCUGAUCGCCCAUCGCUGCCUUUAUUCAUAAAAAUGACCAAAAUGGGUGGGCUUCUCAAUUGUAAAUAUGGCAAAGCCUGGAUUGAACACCGUAAACUGGCUUGCAACUCUUUCCGUUAUUUCGGCAGCGGCCAGAGACAGUUUGAAAGGAAGAUCUCGGAGGAGUGCAUGUUCUUUGUCGAUGCCAUUGACGAACACAAAGGAAAGCCCUUCAACCCCAAACACCUGGUGACCAACGCUGUGUCCAACAUUACCAACCUGAUCAUUUUUGGACAGCGUUUUACUUACGACGACCGCAACUUCCAGCACAUGAUUGAGAUAUUCAGUGAGAACGUGGAGCUAGCAGUCAGCGGCUGGGCCCUCCUCUACAACGCCUUCCCUUGGAUUGAGUAUGUGCCCUUUGGAAAACACCAGAAGCUGUUCCGCAAUGCUGCUGAGGUGUAUGACUUCUUGCUGCAGGUUAUAAAGGAUUUCUCACAGGGCAGGGUGCCACAUGCACCUCGCCACUAUGUUGAUGCCUAUUUGGAUGAGUUGGAGCAGAAUGCAGGAGAACCCAGCUCUUCUUUUUCCUAUGAGAACCUCAUCUACUCAGUGGGUGAGCUUAUUAUUGCUGGCACAGAGACCACUACUAACACCCUGCGAUGGGCCAUGCUGUACAUGGCUCUCUACCCCAACAUACAAGAGAGGGUGCACAGAGAGAUCGACAGCUUGCUGGCCAAUGGGAGAGCACCCACUUUUGAGGACAAACAGAAGAUGCCUUACGUAGAGGCUGUUCUACACGAGAUCCUUCGCUUUUGCAACAUUGUCCCACUUGGUAUUUUCCGUGCCACCUCCCAGGAUGCAAAAGUCAACGGAUACACAAUUCCCAAAGGCACCAUGGUGAUCACAAACCUCUACUCAGUGCACUUUGAUGAGAAGUACUGGAACGAUCCAGGCGUUUUCUCACCACAGAGGUUUCUGGACAGCAAUGGCAACUUUGUGAGGCGUGAGGCAUUCCUGCCAUUCUCCUUGGGGAGGCGUUGCUGCCUGGGCGAACAGCUGGCCAGGAUGGAGAUGUUCCUAUUUUUCACCACUUUGCUGCAGAGGUUUCAUCUUCAGUUCCCUCCAGGAACAAUUCCCACUGUCACUCCCAAACUGGGCAUGACCUUACAGCCCAAACCUUACUCCAUCUGUGCUGUCCGCAGGCAGCAGAAAAGUCCCUGCUCUUGAGACGCUCCUUAUCACGGGUGGGCAAGCAGGAAUUUAUAACAGCUUGUUCAACUGUUCAAGCCAGAAUUUGACUAUUUUGCACAGCAAUGCAACCACAUGAUACAGCUGCAAAAAAACUGUAUCGCUCUGGAUUGUAGCGUCCAGUUCCACUGCGUCACAGUUUUCAGUGACAAAAGUAGCUUGACACACGGACACGUAAUCCAGUUUAUUCAAUUACUCUUGAAUUCUUUUACUGAGCAAAAUGCAUGUUUGCACAAUACUUUUUUAUUUUUUUUAUUUUAAAGAUUAUUUUGGGGGGCUUUUCCCUUUAUUACAUAGAGACAGUGGAUAGGCAUGAAAGGGGGAGAGAGAUGGGGGAUGACACGCAGCAAAGGGCAUCAGAUUUGAACCCGCGCCGCUGCAGGACUCAGCCAAAAUGGGGCGAACGCUCUUACUGGGUGAGAUAGAGGCCGCCCCAGCGCAAUACCUUUAAGCAGCACGGGAGGCGACACGACUCGAUGCUGAAAGCUGACAUUCUGGGAAUACUCAGGUGCUAUUUUCUCAUCAUGUCUGUGAUCCUUGGUGUGGUGGCGAUGGGUUAGGUAGAUGUCAAUGAUUGAUAGUAAGUACACCUUUGAUGGUUCAUAGCCCUCCAUCCUCAGAAAAAUGACACCACUGAUUUAUACUGGUGAGGUGAAAUGGGACUUUCCAGGAAAUUUCUGUACACUGUGUUAGAGCUGGACGAGGGCCAAGGUUUACGUCAUGUGGACUGACUCUGACCUUCUCCAGGGAUAGCGCUCUCUGGAAAUGAAGGGUAAUGUAACCCUGGUGGAUUUCUAGAAACUGACUAUGCAACACU